AUGUCUUCGAGUAGCACCAGUGUGGCCCGAUCGGAAGCAUUGCGUAAUACACCGCAGCAUGCCGCCACCAAACUUAAACGUAUCGUGCUGGAGGAAUUGAACGAGCGGAAUGUGCUGGACUUCUCGGUUGCUUCGUAUGCCAAGGGAGACAUCACAUCAAUCAAGUUAAUUUGUAAAGUCGUUUUGAUCAAGGAAGGGAAAAUGGGUGCUGUACAAGCAAUUCGGAAUAAAUAUGGCCCUAACGGUGAAUUGCUGCUGAGGAGAUUCCAAAGAACGGCAACGAACCUGGCCAAGGACAACAACAGGAUGAAAUUCCUACUCAACUGUAGACGGUGUAAAGUGAUCCCGAAGUGCCUCAACUACAAAAUCCACAUCCAGCUCGGUAGCGGCCGGUCCAGGGAGGAAUUGGAUAAACUGAUGUUCAAACAGAAGAUCCGAAUCCUCAGUGUCAUGGUUGCCGAUGUGAAAAGAUCAAUCGCGGAGUUGCAGAAGAACAAAGCGCACCUCUUCGGAAAGAUCGAAACAGCGUUCGAGAGGGAAGAUGUAGUUGCAGUGAAGAAAAUGGUGGAGAAGAAGAGCCGUUCCGUACACGAAGAGUCGAAAAGGAGAGGAGAGAGAAAGAUAGAGAGGAUGAAAAAUCAGCGGAUAGCCGAAAUGAACAUCGAAGAAGAAUGGGUUGAAAACACGACCGACACCCGAAUCCCGGACUUCUUACAACGAACCCUUUCGCUGGGUCCGAAUUUCAACGUACAGAAUAAGAAAAAAAUGCCGUAUGUUGAAAUAGUAGCCGGUAUUGAAAAGGGGAUUCGAUUCAAAGAGAAUGCUGACGAGAUUCGCGGGGAGGUUGCGUCGGCAAUUACGAAUCAUAUCAACUAUGUCCGACAACCUAGACACGGGAAGUUGGAGUGGAUUGAGAAGGAUAUAGCAGCAAGCAGGCGUUUCUUGGAGGAAAACCCGAAUCUGCUCAUAACAAAAGCAGAUAAGGGCAACAAGACCGUCAUAAUUGAAGCAGAAGAAUAUCACGCUAAAAUGAUGGAACUGCUCAACGAUGAAGACACAUACCGGAAACUACGAGCUGAUCCUUCCAAUAGGAUUAUGAGGAAGAUAAAUGCGACGGUUGACGGAUGGUUGGAUCAGAAAUGCAUAGAGAAGAGCGAACACCGGAAAAUGAAAAUUUCGAGCUGUAACCCUCCCAGAAUCUAUGGCCUUCCGAAGUUGCACAAGGAGGGCAGACCGUUGAGGCCAGUAGUUUCGACGAUCGGAUCCGCCACCUACCAGAUGGCCCAAUAUCUGUUUUGA